GACAGAGUAGCAUAAAAGUUGAAGGUGAUUGGUUGAUGAGCCACACUUGUAAUUCAUACAUUGGUUAGUCUCUCUCUAUCUGUCUUCUCCUUCCCUCUCUCUCUCUCUCUCUCUACUCAUGUGUGUGAAUGAAUCUCUGUUUCUUUUUUUGGAACCGAUAUGGCUUCCUAACAAUUGGGCUUUUCUCUGCCUCUUCCUAGGAAUCUGAAGUUUUCUCUCUACUCUCUAUACUCUUACUCUAUCACUCACCAUCUUUAAACAAAUCUCUCUUCUUCUCGGCAACACCGAUUUUUCAGUUUUUUUCUUUUUUGAAAGAUGGCUAUGCAAACUGUGAGAGAAGGUCUCUUCUCUGCUCCACAGACUUCUUGGUGGAAUGCUUUUGGAUCUCAGCCGUUGGCUCAUGAGAGUCUUGCCGGAGAUUCUGACUCGUUCGCCGGAGUUAAGGUCGGAUCUGCUGGAGAGACAGAACAAGGUGUAGAUAAACAGAACAACUCUGUAACUCACUUAGCUUUCUCUCUUGGUGAUGUAAAGAGUUCGAGAGUUGUGUCAAAGUCUCAUGGAGCUGUUUUCGCAAUGCAAUCGCCUAGUUUGGAACUUGGAUUUACUCACCCAUCGAUAUACGCAAAGUAUCCUUAUGGUGAACAACAAUACUAUGGAGUUGUCUCAGCCUAUGGAUCUCAGAGCCGAGUAAUGCUUCCACUAAACAUGGAAACAGAAGAUGGAACCAUCUAUGUGAACUCAAAGCAAUAUCAUGGAAUCAUAAGGCGACGUCAAUCGCGUGCAAAGGCUGCUGCUGUUCUUGAUCAGAAGAAACUGAGUACUAGGUGCCGCAAGCCAUAUAUGCAUCAUUCACGCCAUCUCCAUGCAUUGCGCCGUCCUAGAGGAUCCGGUGGGAGAUUCUUGAACACAAAAAGCCAGAACUUGGAGAAAAGCGGAAACAAUGCAAAGAAUGCUGAUGGAAACAAGCAGGUUCAGUCUCAACCUAAGCCUCAGCAGAGUAAUUCUCAGAAUUCUGAAGUUGUUCAUCCGGAAAGCGGAAUCAUGAACUUAUCGAAUGGACUAAGUGUCACGGGAUCAGAAGUUACAAGUAUGAACUACUUUCUGAGUUCUCCAGUCCGUUCUCUUGGUGGCAUGGUAAUGCCUAGCAAGUGGAUAGCAGCAGCAGCAAUGGAUAAUAGCUGCUGCAAUUUCAAAACCUGA